CAUAAUUCGAAGCUAGUUGCAGGACCAUAACAAUGUCGGGUGCAUUCUCAAGAGGAGCACACACCAUGAACUCCAUGUUCAAGCCAAUGGUGAGGAAAGGCUACCACAAGAAGAGCUCCUCCGCCGCCGGGGACACGGUGAGUGGCCGGGAGACGACCGCCGCGGCGAAGGUGGAGAGUGAUCAGAGCAAGCUGGGAUCUGAUGAUGGUGGUGGUGGGUAUUGCAGUUGGGUUCCGGACGAGAAGACUGGGAUUUACUACCCGAAAGGUCAGGAGAAGGUGAUGCGGGAAAUCCCUGCCGGCGCCGGCAAAGAUGUGGAUGUUCAUUGGUACGCACACAAUUAUCAAGAGAAUUGCCUCUAAGUAUUUGUGUUAUGUAAGAUACAUAUAUCUAUGUACAAUAAUGGAGCUCUCUAUAUACCAGCUCUUCUAUGUUCGUUGGCAAUUUGUCGAGUCAGCCAUUUUUUUUCUUCUUCUUCCAGAGAGUAUCUGAUACUUUUAUUGCUAAAAACUGAAUGUUGGAUUACUACGGAUCAGUGUUGGAGCUAAAAGUGUAGCACACGAGGGGCUACAAUCGGUUCAAAUUUCGAUCUAAGGUUGUGACGUAUGUGUUUAUCUAUUGAGCGAAUAUUAAAAAGUGGUACUUCGGGGCUAUUUAGCCUCCUUUAAAUUUUGAUUUCGGUUGUGGAAUGCUGUAGCGGUUUGUUAUUUUCAUACUCUAUUCAUUCUAAAUUAUGAUUUUCGUCAUUGCUACGGAAAGUGCAACUAGUUUGAACCCGAACCCUGCUCUAAUCAACAAGAGGGGGUCAAGACUAAAGAGGAUGACACAUCUAUUGUCAGGACAUCGUCAGAUCGGUUAAGAGGGUAACCGUUGGUCCACGACAUUUGAGUGGUUUUUUUGUGGCACUUUACUUCUGAUGACUAUAACUUAGAAUGAAGAUGAAAGAAGGAUUCACAAAAAUCAACAACUCGACACCACUUGUCAAGUAUUUAACAUUUGUAUCUUUCCUCUAUAAAUUUUAGUCAAUGCACUCAAAAGCGCGAUUCUACCUAGAAGCGGAAAAUGGGUAAAAUCGUAAAACGUAGAAUCAAAGCGUAAAAGCGUAAGUUUUUUAUGCACCCUCUAAAAUAGCUAAAAUAUGUUAAGUACAACAUAUAGUAUGUAAAAUAUGAGUGUGUAGAUUUUAGAUAAGUGAAUAAAUACAUGAAAUUCAUAAUUAAAAUGUAAUAUCUAACGCAUAAACUAAUUUGUGUUGACUCAAAAGUAGAGAAACUCAUAACAUCUUAAGAAUAAGCUCAUAAAUGUAGAUCGUAACCCGUAAACGAGCUUGAGAAUCCAAAUUCUCAUAAGUUGGUUUGAGGUUACAUAAUUAUAUACAAUCAAUUACCCAUAAACUUUUAUCGUAACCCAGGUAAGAGCCACAUGUGAAGAUUAAGGGAGAAGACUGAUAGAAGGUCAGCGACUGUUGAGAAUACCAUUAUGUGUCUUUUUAAAUUUAACCUAAUCUGAAGCUCCUAUCUCGACACUAGUUGUAGAACGAGUGAUGAAUCAUGUUUUCCUUUUUUUAUUAUUUGCUGAUAUGUCUCCAAAAUUACAUCAUUUUGGGCCAAUUAACACAUUUUUUAGAUGAGCAAAAACAUAUAAAAACACUUCAAAAUCGCGAUUUUACCGAUUUUAAGCGAUUUUACCCAUGUUUUUACCAAUUUUUGUGACUAAGAGACUUUAGGUAGAAACUGAAACGUUUUGGUGGCCUGGAUACGUAAAAAUGUAAGUUUUUACGUUUUAAUGCGCGAUUUUGACUGCACUGAUUUUAGUCAUAUUCGUAGUUCUGGAGCUCUCACUACACCUCCACAAAAGUAGCGCUAAUUUAAUGUAGACUUUGUCUCUUGAGUUGUAAGAACAUCGAACACCUUUGUUUAAACUUCAUUCAAAGAGGUGUAAACUGUGUGUGUUUAAUCGUUGUUUAAAAAAUCAAGGUGCAAUCAAUUCCAUUUCAACACCGAACUUUUCUUGCCAAGAAACAAAUAUCCACAAUUUUAAGUUACUUGAAACAUAUAUCCCAUAAUUAGGGAUGGCAAUGGGUCGGGUCGGGGGCGGAUAGUGCAUUUCCGUUACCCUACCCAAAUUAGUUCGGGUUUUACCCAUACCCAUACCCACAUAAGAAACGGGUAGAAAAUCAAAACCAUACCCAUACCCGUUCGGGUUUCGGGUAUCCACCGUUAUCCAUGGAUAAUAGUUUCUCCUUAUAACUCCAACCAAUAUGUUAAUAUUUGCAUGUAUUCUCGCAUUACGUAAGACAAAAAUUAUGACAAAAAUUCACUAGAAUGCAGAAAAUUUAUUAAAACAACACAAUUUCA